GAUAUAGCAAAAAGAAAGAAAAAAAACAGAAAUGGUGAUGAAGGUAUAUGGAGAUGAGAUGUCAGCGUGCGUGGCACGUGUUCUUCUCUGCCUUCACGAGAAGGACACUGAGUUCGAGCUUGUCCCCGUCAAUCUCUUUGCUUGCCACCACAAGCUCCCUUCUUUCCUCUCCAUGAACCCCUUUGGCCAAGUUCCAGUUCUACAAGACGACGACCUUACCCUUUUUGAGUCGAGGGCAAUCACGGCAUAUAUAGCAGAGAAACACAAAGACAAAGGAACGGAUUUGACAAGACACGAAGACUCUAAAGAAGCAGCGAUUGUGAAGCAAUGGUCGGAAGUGGAAGCACACCACUUCAACCCUGCGAUCUCCGCCGUCAUCCACCAGCUCAUCGUCGUGCCUCUGCAAGGCGAGAAAUCACCCGACGCAGCCAUCGUGGAGGAGAAUCUGGAGAAGCUAGAGAAAGUGCUCGACGUGUACGAAGAGAGGCUCGGGAAGACGAAAUACUUGGCCGGAGAUUCUUACACGCUCGCUGAUCUCAACCAUGUUCCCUACACUUACUACUUCAUGAAGACGAGUCACGCCGGUUUGGUCAACGACCGUCCUAAAGUCAAGGCGUGGUGGGACGACCUUUGCUCUCGUCCGGCUUUCCUUAAAGUCUCUCCUGGCUUGACCGUUAUUCCGGUAACCAACUGAUCUCAAAGACUCUCUCUCUCUCUCUACAUCGAUCUUUUUUGUCUUUUUAUU